AUUUAUCUUGUUCUCGAACUUCGAUUUUCAUACCAUUUCCAUUGGAUUCAUUGUACACGCAACAAUAAAUCCAGGGAAAAGCCCGAGAAAAUGCUUCGAACUAACACAUAUGCAGCUAAAAUCUGAACUCGAAGACGAUGUCGAGAUUGGAUUGGGCUGAUUUCCGGUGUUGCUGCGCCACUCACUGCUGCCUUCGCUGUCAAAGAAGCUGACCACUCAUCUUCUCUCGUUCAGUCACUUGAAUAUUUUGUAAUCACCGACCAUCGCCCAAUUCACUUCACCUUCCUUCAACUCUAUCCUCCUACUUUGCUUUCCUACUGAUAUUCAUAUAACGGCUGGCAACUGCUAUCUACACAUUCUUUCACCGAAAUCCCUAGAUUCUCAAGAUUGUCACCAUGGGGAAACCCUCACCUCGUCUCGGCGUCAGCGAUGAUGCCGUCUCCAUGCGCACUCAGCCCGGUGAACACUCACACUCCGUUCCACUUGAUGGCACUCUAGAUACCGAUGCCCCCGAGCUGGACAUUGACGACCUCCCGCCCCUCUACGAAGACAUCAACGCCUCGGGAAGCAGUAGUAGUGCUCCUCUUCUCCCUUCUGGUGCGCCACCCUACAUCAACCACCCACACAACAUACUUCCUCCCGGUGACUGGGUGAACCACUACAAAAGAGACGAGCCCACCGGCACCGAACUCUAUCUCGAUUCGCGCCUGGACCACGAUCCCAAGUUCCUCCAAAAGCACAUCGAGCUAUGGUCCAAACAGCCACCCCGGCCUUUUGUCCGCAUCCACGGCACACACAAGCGCCGCAGGGACAUAACCGACCCUCAAAACGGGCGUCGUAAGAACGACUCGGAGCAAGUUACGGACUUUGACCUGCACAUUGAGCUCACCCCUUACCUCUACUCGGACGUUGUCUCGCAAACUUCUCUCAUGCAGCUGCGCACCGCCGAUAACGACGAGAAAGUCCGGCGUGGCACCGUCCUCCGCAAGCGUGCGCCGGGGGCUAAUCGUCAUAUCGAGGUCGGCUUAGCCGAGAAGCCGACACUGGCCGAGUGGUGCCACCGCUACUGUGCCAGCCACGCCGGACUGAAAUGUCUGACGCUGCAGCGGCGCGUGGUUGGGUUCGACGAUAAGAAGAUUGUGCAGAAGCUGACGGACCUGGUGCGCGCCACCAACUACCGCGGCAGUCUGGAGAUCAGUUUCCCCAAGAAGGACGAGUAUGUGCACGUGUACAACGAUUGCGAGACGAACCGGUGGCGGACAACGCGGUGGAUUAUCUGGCUGUGCAUAUUCAGCCUCAUGUUCAUCUUCACGUGGCCGUAUCUGUUUUUCCGGACCAAGAGGUUCGAGACCGUGUUUGCGGACUGGCACUUCUCGGUCAUGGGCGCGGAUGGACAGAGGAAGUAUGUCAGCAUUAGCGAGGACCAGUGGUAUAAUAUGUGGGGACGGGCUAUCCAUCGUGCGGUCAUGGAGAAGAGGCAGUGUACCCUCGAUCAACAGGACUUGCUGAACAGCCAGGAGGGCCAGCAGGAGACUUUUGGCCAUCCUGUGGUGGACGGGGUGGCGAGCUUCGUCAGGGCAGGUGUUAAUGCCAUGAAUGCGGUGAACCGCUCCCUGGGUUGGGGUUAUGAUGAAUUCUGAGGUGUCGUUAAUUCCCGGCAACAGACGUCUUCUACGAUUAAUACAAAAAAAAGAGGAUGCCCGGCCUUGGUCGGGCUGUCCAAAGCCCCCUUUCCUUACGGUACGGCGACACGACGACUGGGACCCGAUGUGAUGGACGGCAAAUGGCAAUGAAUCGUUACGGAGGCAACGGUGAGGGUUCGGGGGGCGCUUGAUUAUUGAUCCGUUAUCUAUCUUUUGGGCUAUUAUUUCCCAUCUUCUUUUAGCUUUGGCGGCGACGACUCCUCUAUCAUGCAUCGAGCAUUACUGUGCCUGUGCCUGUGGGUGAUGAUGCCUCUUUUUGAUGUAAUAUGUUCAGUCCCUUCAGUACAUGCCGUCCGGUAAUAUUCACAGUUCCAAGCCGUAUGUAUCCUGUAAAAUGAAUGUCUAUCCGUACCUG